CCUCGACGCCCCAACAGUGCAUUCUGGGUCCAACCCAAGAUGGCUGCGCCCUUGCAGAAGUGCUGAAGAAAUACCUCUCCAGAGAAAUUCUCGGGAUUGUGUGUUAUUUCAACGGAAACCAUCACCCCAAAUCAGCUACCGGGGUCGCUGGUUUGUAGAAGAAGACCACACGGUCCCAGUCAUCGAUAAGUGUGGCCUGAGCUUCGUGUGGCUGUGGCAGACUGUCCGCGUGAAGAUGGGCCUCGUCUCCAGCCCCUUCCCAUAGCGAAGAGCCGUGGGGAGAGGAGCCGCAGAUUCUCCUGCAAACAAGCGCCCGUCCAACUUGGGUUUGACGGCUUUGACAUACUAUACAGGCUUUGGACGCUGCCCUACAAUUUUCUGACCAGGAUUGUUUGUGCCACUGUGUCUGUCAUCGUCCGGAGACGAAGAGCUUCCCCAGUCCCCACCGCACCAAGGGCCCUGAUGAAAAUGGACUCGGACUUGCUUCAUUCGCCGGCAGUGGGCCUGGCAGAGGAGGAGGAGGCCGACAUGAAUGACUGGAAACUUCCCCUGGCCUUCAUGAAGAAACGGCACUCGGAGAAGAUUGAGGGCUCCAAGGCUUUAGCGCAGAGCUGGAGGAUGAAGGACAGGAUGAAGACUGUGAGUGUAGCGCUGGUGUUGUGUCUCAACGUGGGAGUGGACCCUCCUGAUGUGGUCAAGACCUCCCCCUGCGCCCGACUGGAGUGCUGGAUAGAUCCUCUGUCGAUGAGUCCACAGAAAGCCCUGGAGACCAUAGGGGCCAAUCUGCAGAAGCAAUAUGAAAACUGGCAACCAAGGGCACGUUACAAACAGAGUCUGGACCCCACGGUGGACGAGGUGAAGAAGUUGUGUACGUCGCUGAGACGCAACGCCAAAGAGGAGCGAGUCCUCUUCCACUACAACGGCCACGGGGUGCCACGGCCCACUGUCAACGGAGAGAUCUGGGUCUUUAAUAAGAACUACACCCAGUACAUCCCGCUGUCCAUCUACGACCUGCAGACGUGGAUGGGGAGCCCGUCCAUCUUUGUGUACGACUGCUCCAACGCGGGAAUCAUCGUCAAGUCGUUUAAACAGUUCGCCCUGCAGAGAGAGCAGGAGCUGGAGGUGGCAGCCAUCAACCCCAGCCACCCGCUCGCCCAGAUGCCUCUGCCGCCCUCUAUGAAGAACUGCAUCCAGCUUGCUGCCUGCGAGGCCAGCGAGCUGCUGCCUAUGAACCCCGACCUCCCAGCCGACCUCUUUACCUCCUGCCUCACCACGCCCAUCAAGAUCGCCCUCCGAUGGUUUUGUAUGCAGAAGAGUGCCAAGUUGGUGCCAGGGGUGACGUUAGACCUCAUCGAGAAGAUCCCUGGCAGGCUCAACGACAGACGCACUCCCCUCGGAGAGCUCAACUGGAUCUUCACAGCCAUCACCGACACGAUCGCCUGGAAUGUGCUGCCGAGAGAUUUGUUCCAGAAGUUGUUUCGUCAGGACCUGCUGGUGGCCAGCUUGUUUCGCAAUUUCCUGUUAGCAGAGAGGAUAAUGAGGUCGUACAACUGUACACCGGUCAGCAGUCCCCGUCUGCCCCCUACAUACAUGCACGCCAUGUGGCAAGCGUGGGACCUGGCCGUGGACAUCUGCCUCUCUCAGCUGCCGACCAUCAUCGAGGAGGGCACUGCCUUCAGACUUCUGGGGUCUCAAUGCAGCCUGAAAGAAAGACAGCAGGCAGGACUCAGGGCUGAAAUAACCACCUCCACCGUCUCUGCAUUAUUUUGGCACAGUCCUUUCUUUGCGGAGCAGCUGACGGCGUUUCAGGUGUGGUUGACGAUGGGAGUGGAGAACAGAAACCCCCCUGAGCAGCUCCCAAUCGUCCUGCAGGUCCUCCUCAGUCAGGUGCAUCGGCUACGAGCUCUCGACCUGCUCGGACGGUUUCUGGAUCUUGGUCCCUGGGCCGUCAGUCUGGCCCUGUCUGUGGGGAUCUUCCCCUACGUACUGAAGCUGCUCCAGAGCUCAGCCAGAGAGCUGCGGCCUCUGCUGGUUUUCAUCUGGGCUAAGAUCCUCGCCGUGGACAGUUCAUGUCAAGCUGACCUGGUGAAAGACAACGGACACAAGUACUUCCUAUCGGUGUUGGCUGACAGUUACAUGCCUGCUGAGCAUCGAACCAUGGCUGUCUUCAUAUUGGCUGUUAUCGUCAACAGCUACAACACAGGACAGGAGGCCUGUCUGCAGGGCAACCUGAUAGCCAACUGCCUGGAGCAGCUGUCGGACCCCCACCCCCUGCUCCGCCAGUGGGUGGCCAUCUGCCUGGGCCGCAUCUGGCAGAACUUCGAACCGGCGCGCUGGUGCGGAGUUCGUGACAGCGCCCACGAGAAGCUCUACACCCUGCUGUCGGAUCCCAUCCCCGAGGUGAGGUGUGCGGCUGUCUUUGCUCUGGGGACGUUUGUGGGAAACUCUGCUGAGAGGACGGACCACUCCACAACCAUCGACCACAACGUGGCCAUGAUGCUGGCCCAGCUCAUCAACGAUGGCAGCCCUGUGGUCCGCAAGGAGCUGGUCGUAGCGCUGAGUCACCUGGUGGUCCAAUACGAGAGCAACUUCUGUACAGUCGCCCUCCAGUUUAUAGAAGAGGAGAAGAACUACAUGGUGCCGUCACCUGCCAACACUGCAGAGCCUGGUAACCUGACUCCAGUGAGGGACAGCCCGGCCAUCCCACGCCUGCGAUCGGUCAACUCCUACACCAACAUCCGAGCUGCUACCACCGCCCGCAACCUGAACAAGAGCCUGCAGAACCUCAACCUCAAUGAAGAGGGGGGACCAGCAGCCUUCUCUCCGGGUAACCUGAGCACCAGCAGCAGCGCCAGCAGCACCCUGGGGAGCCCCGACAAUGACGAGUACAUCCUCUCCUUUGAGACAAUCGACAAAAUGAGACGGGUGUCCUCCUAUUCUUCCCUCAACUCCCUCAUAGGUGUUUCCUUCAACAGUGUUUACACUCAGAUCUGGAGAGUGCUACUACAUCUCGCUGCAGACCCUUUUCCUGAAGUGUCAGAUCUGGCCAUGAAGGUCCUCAACAGCAUAGCAUACAAGGCAACGAUGAACGCUCGGCCCCAGAGGAUCCUGGACUCUGGAUCGCUCACCCAGUCGGCCCCAGCCAGCCCCACCAGCAAGGGCACGCACAUCCACCAGGCUGGUGGCUCUCCUCCCAUGCCCAGCACCAGCAGCUCCAGUCUGACCAACGAGGUGCCCAAACCCCCCGCCAGAGAGCAGCCGGCCACACGACCUCCCUACACCCCCACGUUGGGAGGACAGGCGCCCCACUCCCACCAGUUCCCCCGCACUCGCAAGAUGUUUGACAAGGGACCUGAGCAGGCAGCUGAGGAUGGUGACGAGCCGGGCGGUCACAGAAACUACAUCAGUCCCUCCCUCCAGACGGGCCUGUGUGAUUGGAGCGCCAAGUAUUUCGCUCAGCCUGUCAUGAAGAUUCCAGAGGAGCAUGACCUGGAGAGUCAGGUGCGGAUGGAGCGACAGUGGAGGUUCUUGAGAAACACUCGCGUCAGAAGACAGAGCCGAGGCAUCACACAAAAGGGUGUUUCCCGUCUAGAUGAUCAAAUAUUCAUCAACCGCAACCCUGGAGUACCAUCUGUUGUGAAGUUCCACCCCUUCAACACCUGCAUCGCUGUGGCCGACAAGGACAGCAUCUGUUUCUGGGACUGGGAGAAGGGCGAGAGACUGGACUACUUCUACAACGGAAACCCUCGUUACACUCGCAUCACAGCCAUGGAGUACCUGAACGGACAUGACUGUUCAUUACUGCUCACUGCUACAGACGACGGAGCAUUACGUAUCUGGAAGAACUUUGCCGACCAGAAGAACCCGGAGAUGGUGACGGCGUGGCAGGGCCUUUCUGACAUGCUGCCCACUACCAGAGGUCAGCCCUCCACCAGCGCUCACAGUCUAGCCAGAAGGGUCUCCAUCUAUCUUGACAGGAGUAAGCAAGGAGGUGCUGGCAUGGUGGUCGACUGGGAGCAGGACACGGGUCUCCUGAUGACCUCUGGAGACGUACGAGUGGUCAGGAUCUGGGACACCGACAGGGAGAUGAAGGUCCAGGACAUCCCGACAGGAGCAGACAGCUGUGUGACCAGCCUCUCCUGCGACUCCCAGCGCUCCCUCAUCGUUGCCGGCCUGGGCGACGGAUCUGUGCGCUUAUUCGACAGGAGGAUGGGUCCAAACGACUGUCGGGUGAUGACCUACAGGGAACACGGAGCCUGGGUGGUCAAAGCUCAUCUGCAGAAGGAGACAGACGGACAUGUUAUCAGUGUCAGUGUUAACGGAGACGUUCGAUUCUUUGAGCCGCGGACACCGGACUCCAUCAACGUGUUGCAGACAGUGAAGGGGUUAACAGCCCUGGACAUCCACCCACAGGCCAACUUGUUCGCCUGUGGGUCGAUGAACCAGUUCAUAGCAGUCUACAACGCUAACGGCGACGUGAUCAGCAACAUAAAGUACUACGACGGCUUCAUGGGACAGAGGAUCGGGGCCAUCAGCUGUUUAGCCUUCCAUCCUCACUGGCCCCACUUGGCGGUCGGCAGUAACGACUACUACAUGUCCAUCUACUCAGCAGAGAAGAGGCUCAGAUAACACACCAGCAUACAUCACCCCCCCACCCUCAUAUGACUUCUGACCCUGAGCCUCGAGCUCCAGGAUGUAAAUGACGUUUUUGUUGUACAUAUGCAAUUACCACCCUGAAUGUUCUCGUGAUGGCUGCUGACAAAAACUCGAUAUAUAUUAUUAUUCUCACUGUUUAUUCAUAUUCUUAUUAUGAAGCUAAUGAUUGUAGACUUGGCUGUGCUGAGGAGUGUGUAUAUUUAAAUAGCGUAUACUGAAGAAUAGAGGUUCUAUUUUAAAAGGAGCAGUACUCUCCUCCCUGCCACUCAGCGAGCAUCACUACCAACCUAGUCAGAACAGAGGGGUGGGGGGGGGGGCGCCCAGAGGACAACACACACUGUUAAACACAUUCACUGAUCCAGGAAAUACAAGACUCGCCCUCCGCUGGACCCCGGUGUGUUCAUUUUAAUGGCCGUCUCACAGCCAAAGGACUCAGAGUUGUGCUGCACCGCUGGCCAGACGUCUGUAGGGACGGACCCAGAGCAGGAGGACUCAUUCUGGCCCGACGCGUCGAGCAGGCAGACUGUGUGUGUGUGUGUGUGUGUGUGUGUGUGUGUGUGUGUGUGUGUGUGUGUGUGUGUGUGUGUGUGUGUGUGUGUGUGUGUGUGUGUGUGUGUGUGUGUGUGUGUGUGUGUGUUAAAGUGGAUUAUAGCACAGAUGUGCCCCACAGUGGGUUUUCAUAGCCUUGGACUUAAAAAGAUGCCUGCUCCCAUACUACAACUCUCCUUCUUGCUUCCCUGACCCCAGUGUGCCAAACAUAAUCUUAUUUUCCAUGCAAGCCCCUUUGUUGUGGCUCAGGGGGACUUUCUGUUUAUUUUUUUACGUAUCUCCUGUGAAAAGGAAAAACCUCCAUUGCCCCUAGGAUGAUACGUACGCUGAUAUCGAGCACCGUGAGAGGAGGGUUAGAUUUAGUAAAAAGCUGAGCACCCAGUCCUCCAGCGAGCCUGCAGUACCUGCCCGCAAAGCAAUAAAAACCCACUUCCAGGUUUCAGUUUCUUGUUAUAGACUCAUCAUACAAUCAGAUGGGAAAUAUAUCAAUUUAAUUGAUUUUCCUGUGAUUGACUAAACUUUCUGCCAAUCAAUAUGUCCAACUUCUCCCCAUGUGGAAUCAAAAGAUUGCAGAAGAAGCCAUGUAAAUAGAGUGCACUGGUCUGAAAAACCCUCCUUUAUUUAUUUUUUUAUCGUGGCCCUUGUGUGCCAGUUCAUCAUUUUCUGGCUUCAUAAAUAGAAGUUGACCCUGGCAGCUUAUCUAACUGCAGUGCGGGGCAGCUUUCUGGUUUCCAAAUAGUCGAGACAAUGUUGGAGCACACGGCUCUGUAGGUUUAGAGAACUUCUCUGUUAUGUGACUCAUCACACCACCUGCCCGCCCCACUGCUUGGAUCAUCUUUCACUUUGAUAAAACUUUAUUUUUUGAUUUAGAUUUUACUGCCAGGCUUUGUUUGGUUUGAUUUUGUUUAACAAAGUUAGAGACAUAAAGUGAGUUGCAUGCAUUACAUCAGAGCUUUAACUCCAUACCGCUUCAUGCUCACUGUGUCAAGUUUUAGUCUGCGUCUUAAAUCUUGCUCAGGAACUUUAUGAGCCAACUCAGCCAGCCUCCCCAGUGUCUGCAGUAUGACGGACAGGUGUACUCAGUCAUGAGCAAGUCAUUGUGGUGCUGUUUGGUAAAGACGCCCUUUUUAUUAUAAGGGGGCCUCUGAGUUUGUUUAGUUUUUCCGUGCAGUAUCACCAUCGACGUGCCUCUUCUGUGGGGCUGCAGCUUUGCUUAUUUAACUUUUUUCUCCCUGUUUUGUAAUUUUAUGUUUUUAAUUCUGCAGGCAUUUUGUUUGCCUUAGCCUCAGUGAGGUGGAGGGGGAAAAAGUGGAGACAGCCUUACCCACACACACACACACACACACACACACACACACACACUCACUUCACCAAAGUCUUUCCUGCUAUGCCCCCUUUCAUCGGCAAUGUACCCCCAAUGCCCACCUCACCCCUCUGCAUCAGCUGUUACGAGCUUUGCUUUUCACCGAAGAAGUUAGCGGACUCGUGGGCUGGAAGUGAACUGGAACUCGCACCAUGCAGUCUGCAUUAGUCCCCACCAUCACCCCGUCACUGAGCUCACCCUGCUUCACCGGUUCAGCCAAAAAAGUGCAUUUUGGCGACGGGCCAUUUGCUCAGAAUCACAAUUAUCUCUGCUUUGAGUUUUAAGAUUUUAGAUCUGGAGAAAAAGAAGACACUUUAACAAAGUAGUAAAGGAACAAUGAAAACAAUCAGGUUUGUCUCUGAGACUUUAGACUGCUUUGCUGACUGUGGUUUAUAUGACAGGAGAUGAAAUAAACCAAAUACAACACCG